AAGAACCUUUUCGACUGAAAUUACAUGAUUACCCAUUGGAAAUAUUUGAGACAUUAACUUCAUCAUAUCUUACACCAUUGCCAACAAUCAAGCGAACCUCGAUUUCCUCAAUUUCAUCAAAUUUUUCAAAUUUAUCAAGUCACGAAGCAAUAA